AUGGACAAGAUCAUACGCCCUCUAUCGAGGCAAUUGCUGCGACCAAGACCGCGAUACCCAUACGCAAUGCCUUCAAGCGACCACGCGAAACGACUCUAUGUAACAGGGCACACGAUCCCUCCGCUGAAAGACAAGUCUCUUUUCAUUCAAAAGGCCUAUGUCAAUGGCGAGUGGGUAGAUGCUGAGUCGGGGAAGACAUUCGAAAUCCACGAUCCUGCUACCGGAAAGCUAAUCGGAACAUGCCCUGAGUUUAGCGCAUCAGACACCGAGAAGGCUAUCCAGGCGGCCGCCGAAGCUUUCCCCAAAUUCCGCUCAACACUAGCCCGCGAGCGAGCUCGCAUGCUCCGAAGAUGGUACCAGCUCAUGAUGGACAAUGCAGACGAUCUAGCGACGCUCAUCACAUGGGAGAAUGGAAAGCCACUUGCGGAUGCUAAAGGCGAAGUGAACUACGCCGCUAGCUUCUUUGAAUGGUUCAGCGAGGAGGCGCCCCGAAUUUACGGAGACACCAUCCCGGCUUCUGUUGCUGGAAACCGAGUCAUGACCGUCAAACAGCCUGUCGGUGUCUGUGGUUUGAUCACACCCUGGAACUUCCCCGCCGCUAUGAUUACACGAAAGAUUGGUCCAGCUCUGGCAGCUGGUUGCACUGUCGUCACAAAAACACCAGGAGAGACUCCCUUCACUGCGAACGCUCUGGCGGAGCUGGCUCACCGUGCCGGUAUUCCGAAGGGCGUCGUUAACAUUGUGACAGCUAUGAAGAACACCCCCGAAGUCGGCGAAACGAUAACUACGCACUCAGAUGUCCGCAAGGUCUCCUUCACCGGUUCAACAAACGUUGGCAGGCUCCUCAUGAAGCAGGCGUCAUCGACAAUCAAGAAGGUCUCCUGGGAACUCGGUGGCAACGCCCCUUUCAUCGUCUUCGACGACGUGGACGACCUCGACGCCGCCGUCGCUGGCGCCGUCGCUUCCAAGUUCCGCAGCUCAGGCCAAACAUGCGUUUGCGCUAACCGUAUCUACGUGCAGAGAGGAAUUUACGACGAGUUCGUUCAGCGCUUCAUCGCAAAGGUCAAGGACUUCAAAGUCGGCGCCGGUUUUGACAAGGGAAUCACCCAUGGCCCCGUUAUCCACGAACGUGCCAUUAACAAGGUCGAUGAACACGUCCAGGACGCCGUGUCCAAAGGCGCCAAGCUCGUUGCUGGUGGCCAGCGACUCGAGAGCCUCGGACCCAACUUCUACGAUCUGACCGUUCUGACGGAGAUGUCCAAGGACAUGAAGAUUGCUUCUGAGGAGACUUUCGGCCCUGUGGCUGGACUGUUCCCCUUCGAGACCGAGAAGGAGGUCGUUGACCUUGCUAACAAGGCCGAGGUUGGCCUUGCUGGGUAUUUCUUCAGCGGCAACAUCAAGCGCAUCUUCCGUGUUGCGGAGGCUCUGGAGGUUGGUAUGGUUGGUGUCAACACCGGUCUCAUUAGUGAUGUUGCGUCUCCAUUUGGUGGUGUGAAGCAAAGUGGUUUCGGCCGUGAGGGCAGCAAGUAUGGUAUUGAUGAAUUCCUUGUGAUCAAGAGUGUUACGUUUGGUGGCAUGGGCGAGCCUCUACAGUCAUAA